AUGGUUUUAAGGGUCAGUGCGCAGGUUUCUACCUUAUUUUUGGGCCUUUUGUUUAUCGCCUCCGGCUCCGUAAAAACCAUAAAAUUCAACUCAUUGCUGUAUCAUGAACUGCUGAAAGCAUUUAAGAAUUUCUCAGAUGUAUCCCCUAUACGUUUGUUUGGCUUGAAAACAAGUCCGCAGAUUUAUAUGCAAACAUCUGGAGUACUGGAACUCAUUUGUGGGACUGCGCUUGCGACCGGGACCUUACGUUCACAGAAUGCUGCUUGUAUCGGAUUAAUGUGCAUGAUGUUUCUCACAUCUUAUUGCCAUCUGGUUCUUGGUGACAUUAGCAGUGCCGCUGUUCCUAUAGGGUAUUUGGCUCUUAUCUACUGGUUACGGGCGUCAAUAAAAAGUGCUCAAACUGAGGCACAUACAUCCUGA